AUGCUCUAUCUCUUGAUCACUUUUGGCGCCCCAAACGUCCCGGGAGCUGUCGUUACCUCUCUGACGGCACCGGUAUUUCAUGGCUAUGCUGUCAAUAUCAUCGGCGAAUCGAACAAUUGGCCAGGUCAAAACAUUACGGGUUUCGACUUCUGUCAAGUAAAUGUUAGCCUGACACAUCGCGGGACCGGUGAUUACGUCAACAAUCAGGUAUGGCUUGCUUUGACUGGGUGGAAUAGCAUCUUUCUCGGCGUGGGAGGCGGUGGAUAUGUUUCUGGAUCCUGGCAAUUGUUGGCGCCUGCUGUGGAACGCUGCUAUGCAGCCGUGGCAACUGACGGAGGUCACGCUCAGAAUAACUCUGGAGAUGCCACAUCGUGGGCUCUGGUCAGCGAAGGUGAUGUCAACGAGAACAUUCUUCUUGACUUCGCGUCUAGGUUGGUCCAUGAGAUGACAGUGCUAGGAAAAGCCGUUACCACGAGCUUCUAUGGAUCUGCACCAAAGUAUGCAUAUUGGCAGGGCUGUUCGACGGGCGGCCGACAGGGUCUUAUGGAAGCACAGAUGUUCCCCAACGACUAUGACGGCAUUGUCGCCUUAGCUCCUGCUAUCAACUAG